AUGUGCGCCUCAGCUGUUUCGUCAGCGGGCGCGCUGCGACGUCACACAGUGGCCGCACCGCAGUCGCGCGUCCUCGCUCCGGGCGCUCAGUUUCGCUGCGCCGCUGGUGUCGUCUGGACGGCGCGACCCCCCGCUCUGCAGACAGCCAAACGGCCGACACUUCCGCCGACCUCCCCGUUUCGUCUCGCCGGGCGUCACACGGGAUGGCUGAGUGAGCAGGCGAUGGGUGCCAGGAUGGAGUCGUUCUGCUGCUGCUGCUCCCUGAAGAGCGGCUGCGUGAUAGUGGCCAUUGUGUACGUGCUGUUGGGAUCGCUGAUGGUGAUCCUCGGUGCUGGUCCUCUAGUUCUAGAUGCUCUGCCAGAGGAUGAAGCGUUUUCUAUCUACAAAUACCAAGCACGCGAAUCAUCAGUUUACGACUGGGUCCCAUGCAUGAGCGGGAACAUCAGUAAGAAUGACUUGAUCAUGCUAUCCAGCAUCAUCCUGACCACGGUUGGAGCGCUGCUGGUCAUCUUCAACAUAGUGCUCAUCCUGGGAUCCUGCAACGAGCGUCGAGCGGCGCUGCUGUGCUGGCUGGUGGUGGACUACUGCUGGCUGGCCGUGGUGCUGGUGGCCCACAGUGGCGCCGCCACACUAGCCUUCCUCUCCAGCUGCUCGGGCACCGGCUUCGUCAUCGCCGUCGUCGCCAUUCCAGCCCUCAGCUCCAUCACGUACUGCCACCUGGUGGUGGACGGAUUCGCUCAGCAGCUGCGAGAACGUCGCCGGUCCCGGUUGGCUGCAGUAAACUGCGAGAAGUCCUGGGACUGAUGGCGCUUUCGUCCCUGCGGAUUGUCUGAAGGCGAGCAUCGCGAAGGGAGGCUGCUGGCUGCAUCCAAAGUGUCACGACACAGCUAUUGACUGUCGCCUGCCUGGUCCGACCUCGGCGUUGCUUCCGUGAUGGUGCGUCGAGACGAGUGGUAGAACUGGUGUUCCUUAACUCAUACCAAAGUAACUUCCCGACCCCCACCUUUCACUCCCAAACUCACUUUUGGGGCCUAAGCUCUGCUGAUCAUUCUCCUGUGGAAAAAGAAGUUCAUCGUUUGAAAGAGAACAUAAAAUAACAAACUAUGUGUUUAUAGUGCAGAUAAUAAUAACUAGGAGUGAGGAGAAAGCAGAGUUUCCAGAUGGUGUCGUGCGUCUCAUUGCUGCCUUGUUAUUAACGUGAAUACAAUGAACUGUUUCGCAGUGAAAAUAACUACAGGUACCAGCAUACGAUAUUUUCAACUGUUGAACAAUGUUCCAUUUUAAUCAAACAGUUGCAGACUUCUUCCUCCUGUGGAAACGUGAUUUUCUUAAGCAGAGACCAUGUCUCUUCGCGCUUACUUCGACUGUCCCUCUAUCCCUUCUGUCUUUUUUUGUUCAGUGGUUGAUAUGAAGUGACGUGUGCAGUUGUAGUGUCUGAAAAGACAACAAAUAGCGCUGCAUUGUGACAGUUGUGGACUUAGCUGUAAGAAAUGCUCAGUUGUUCCACAGUCGUAUAAUCUGAACGUAUCUGUUGACGCAAAGGAAACGCACUACCGGCACAGGAAUAUGAGAACUUCAAUGCUUGAUGCAGGACCACAUGAAGCUAUAUAGUACUAAUAUUAACGUGAUGUUUUAUGUAUACAGAUCUUGUUGCUACUGCCUGUGACAAUAGUGAAAUAAAAAUGGCACAUUGA